UGGAGAGGCGGGCGGCCGGCGGUGAGCGCCCCUGGAUCUCCCCCAGCUCCGGUGGCUCCGAUCGCGGGAUCUGGGUGCUGCUGCCGCCGCCGCCGCCGCCUCCUCCAGGGGCCAUGCUGGGCUCUCCAAGGCGGGAGUGGCUGGCCGUGUGAAUGCCUGGACUGCCGACCUCCUGCAGCCUUUCCCCCCCGGCAGGUCACCUGGACUAGGCAGAGCGGCGCAGGUUGUGCCUCGGGCACGAAGAGUGGGACGGGCCGAUCGGGCCGGUUUCCCCCCGGGACUCCCCCUGAUCCUGCUUUGCCUGGGCUUUCGCCCGGGAAUCGGAAAGGGAUGUGCUUCCUUCGGAUGUGCUGAGAUUGCUGCGGGGCUCCUGCGCCGGCUGCUGCUGGGAUCCGAGGCUCCUGGGUUCGCUGCGCCCCGCGUAUGGCAGGAGAGAAGGCGAGCAUGCUGGCGACCGGGCGAAAGAGUUCGCGGUUAGGGCUGCUGCUUCUGGGGCUGUGGAGCGUCACGCUUUGGUCGCCCUCUGAAGGAUGCCCUGGCAAAUGUACCUGCUCCGGAUCUAACGUGGAUUGCCAUGGACUGGGGCUCAAAGCGGUGCCACGAGGCGUCCCCCGGAACGCAGAGAGGCUUGACUUAGACAGAAACAACAUCACAAGGAUUACAAAGGUGGACUUUGCUGGGCUUAAGAAUCUUCGUGUUCUGCACUUGGAAGAGAAUCUGAUUACUGUGAUAGAACGUGGGGCAUUUCAGGAUCUAAAACAACUAGAACGGCUGCGCCUGAACAGAAAUAAACUGCAAGUUCUUCCAGAACUCCUUUUUCAGAACACACUGAAGCUAACCAGACUGGAUUUAAGCGAAAACCAGAUUCAAGGCAUCCCAAGGAAGGCUUUUCGAGGAAUAACUGAUGUGAAGAAUUUGCAACUGGACAACAAUCAGAUCAGCUGCAUUGAAGAUGGAGCCUUCCGAGCCCUGCGUGACUUGGAGAUUCUUACCCUCAACAACAACAACAUCACACGCAUCCCUCUCACCAGCUUCAACCAUAUGCCAAAGAUCAGGACCCUACGACUUCACUCCAAUUAUUUGUACUGUGACUGUCACCUGGCUUGGCUUUCGGAUUGGCUGCGUCAGAGGCGAUCAGUUGGACAGUUCACAUUUUGCAUGGCACCUGUUCAUCUGAGGGGCUUUAAUGUUGCUGAUGUUCAAAAGAAGGAAUAUGUCUGCUCAGGUUCACAUGCUGAACCUCCGUCCUGCAAUGCCAACUCUAUCAGUUGUCCAUCUGCUUGCACUUGUAGCAACAAUAUUGUGGACUGUCGAGGAAAAGGCCUAACUGAAGUUCCAGCCAACCUGCCAGAGAGUAUUGUGGAAAUCCGCUUGGAGCAGAAUUCCAUCAAAAGCAUUCUUCCUGGAGCUUUCUCUCAAUACAAGAAACUUAAAAGAAUUGAUAUCAGCAAGAAUCAAAUAUCGGAUAUUGCAUCAGAUGCUUUUCAUGGCUUGAAGUCUCUCACCUCGCUAGUGCUUUAUGGAAAUAAGAUCACAGAGAUUCCCAAAGGCCUCUUUGAUGGGCUUGUGUCUCUGCAGUUGCUGCUUCUCAAUGCCAACAAGAUCAACUGCCUGAGGGUAAACACAUUUCAAGAUCUGCAUAAUCUCAAUCUGUUAUCUCUCUAUGACAAUAAACUGCAGACUAUCAGCAAAGGGCUUUUCACACCUCUGCAAUCCAUUCAAACUCUGCAUUUAGCUCAGAAUCCAUUUGUGUGCGACUGCCAUUUGAAGUGGCUGGCUGAUUACCUGCAAGAUAAUCCAAUAGAAACCAGCGGUGCUCGAUGCAGCAGCCCACGUCGCCUUGCCAACAAACGAAUCAGCCAGAUCAAGAGCAAGAAGUUCCGUUGCUCAGGUUCAGAAGACUACAGGAGUAAGUUCAGUGGAGAGUGUUUCAUGGACCUUGUCUGUCCUGAAAAAUGCCGUUGUGAGGGGACAAUUGUAGACUGUUCUAACCAAAAGCUCACUCGACUCCCCAGUCAUCUGCCAGAAUACACCACAGACCUGCGCUUACAUGAUAAUGACAUUUCUGUUCUGGAAGCAACAGGAAUAUUCAAGAAGCUCCCCAGUCUAAGGAAAAUAAACUUGAGCAACAACAAGAUCAAAGAGAUCCGUGAAGGCACUUUCGAUGGGGCAGUGGGAGUGCAGGAGCUGAUGUUGACAGGGAAUCAGUUGGAAUUUGUACAUGGACGAAUGUUUAGAGGUCUCACAGGGCUCAAGACACUGAUGCUCAGGAGCAAUAUGAUCAGCUGUGUAAACAAUGACACAUUCACAGGAUUGAGCUCAGUACGAUUGCUUUCUCUGUAUGACAAUCGCAUAACUACAAUCACACCAGGAGCCUUCAAUACACUUGUUUCUUUAUCUACCAUUAAUCUGCUGUCUAAUCCAUUUAACUGUAACUGCCACUUGGCCUGGUUAGGGAAAUGGUUAAGAAAAAGAAGAAUUGUCAGUGGAAAUCCACGUUGCCAGAGACCAUUUUUCUUGAAGGAGAUUCCAAUUCAGGAUGUGGCUACACAGGACUUCACAUGUGAUGGCAAUGCUGACAGCAGCUGUCAUUUUUCCCCCCGUUGUCCGGACCAGUGUAUUUGUAUGGAUUCUGUAGUUCGCUGCAGUAACAAAGGCCUGCAAUUCUUGCCUAAAGGUGUCCCCAAAGAUGUAACAGAACUAUAUCUGGAAGGAAACCAUUUACCUGCUGUGCCAAAGGAACUCUCGAUGUUCAGACACUUGACACUAAUUGACUUGAGCAACAACAGCAUCAGCAUGUUGGCAAAUUACACCUUCAGUAAUAUGACACAACUAUCAACACUGAUCCUCAGCUACAACAGGCUACGGUGUAUCCCAGUCCAUGCAUUCAAUGGGCUUAAAUCUCUCAGGGUUCUGACUCUUCAUGGCAAUGAUAUUUCCAGUGUCCCCGAAGGGUCUUUUAAUGAUCUCGUGUCACUUUCCCAUCUGGCUCUUGGAACCAACCCUUUGCACUGCGACUGCAACUUGCGCUGGCUUUCUGAGUGGGUGAAGGCAGGCUAUAAAGAGCCAGGAAUUGCUCGGUGCAGCAGCCCAGAGGACAUGGCAGACAGGCUGUUGUUAACAACACCAACUCACCACUUCCAGUGCAAAGGGGUUCUUGAUAUCAGUAUUGCAUCCAAGUGCAACCCUUGCCUGUCCAAUCCCUGUAAAAAUAAUGGGACUUGCAACAAUGAUCCUGUGGAGUUUUACCGAUGCACUUGCCCAUUUGGAUACAAGGGUCGAGACUGCAGCACACCCAUUAAUGCUUGCAUUCAGAAUCCAUGCCAUAAUGGGGGGACUUGCCAUCUGACUGACACAAAUCAAGAUGGAUUCAGUUGUUCUUGCCCUAUUGGAUUUGAGGGGAAGAAGUGUGAAAUGAAUCCAGAUGACUGUGAAGAUAAUGAUUGUGAGAACAACUCAACUUGUAUGGAUGGGAUAAACAAUUAUGCCUGUCUCUGCCUCCCUAACUAUACAGGGGAACUAUGUGAUGAGGUGAUCAACCAGUGUGUCCCUGAGCUAAACCCUUGCAAACACGAUUCCAAAUGUAUUUCACUUGACAAAGGAUAUAGAUGUGAAUGCUUACCUGGGUACAGUGGAAAACAUUGUGAAACUGAUGAUGAUGACUGUUUGGGACACAAAUGUCGCCAUGGUGCAUUGUGUGUAGAUGCAGUUAAUGGAUACACCUGCAUUUGUCCUCAAGGAUUCAGUGGUCUCUUCUGUGAAAAUCCACCACCAAUGGUUCUGCUACAGACCAGUCCUUGUGACUAUUAUGAAUGCCAAAACGGAGCACAGUGCAUUGUAGUACACCAGGAGCCAAUCUGUCGUUGCCUGGCUGGUUUCGCUGGUCAGAAGUGCGAGAAACUCAUUACUGUCAAUUUUGUUGGGAAGGAUUCCUACGUCGAGCUGCCACUAGCCAAAAUCUGCCCUCAGGCAAAUAUCUCUCUUCAAGUAGCAACCGAUAAAGACAACGGCAUCUUAUUAUACAAAGGGGACAAUGAUCCUUUGGCUUUAGAGCUGUAUCAAGGUCAUGUGAGGCUUAGCUAUGACACAAUGAGCUCUCCGCCCACAACUAUAUACAGUGUGGAAACGGUAAAUGAUGGGCAAUUUCACAGUGUGGAGCUGGUUAUGCUGAACCAGACCUUAAACCUGGUUGUAGAUAAAGGUGCUCCCAAGAGCCUUGGCAAACUGCAGAAACAGCCUGUGGUUGGUCAAGACACUCCUCUCUACAUCGGAGGCAUUCCUACCUCCACAGGGCUAUCUUCCUUGCGUCAGGGUACAGAGAGGACACCCAGCGGUUUCCAUGGAUGCAUUCAUGAUGUCCGCAUUAAUAAUGAACUGCAGGACUUCAAGGAUCUACCACUUCAGUCAGUAGGGGUCCUUCCUGGCUGCAAGUCCUGUAACAUCUGCAAGCAUGGCAUCUGCCGCUCUCUUGAGAAGACCAGUGUUGUCUGCGAGUGCCACCCAGGCUGGGCCGGCUCAUUAUGUGACCAAGAAGUGAGAGACCCCUGCCUCAAUAGCAAAUGCCUCCAUGGCAAAUGCAUCGCCACCAGCUCUGCUUACACUUGCAAGUGUGUAGAAGGUUACGUGGGCACGUACUGCGACCGGAAGAAUGAGUCUUCCAGCUCCUGCAGAGUUUUGAAAUGCAUCCACGGGCAGUGUAAGAUCUCCGCGCAAGGCGAGCCGUAUUGCGACUGUGAUCCCAGCUACAGCGGAGAGCACUGUGACAGAGAAAAUCUGUGCCAAGGAGAGAUCAUUCGUGAAUUUAUUCGGAAGCAACAAGGUUCCAUAUCGUGUGUCUCCAUGGUCAAGGUACCUCGCGUGGAAUGUCAUGGCAGCUGUGGAAACCAUCAGUGUUGCACUGCGCUCCGGAGCAAGCGGCGGAAAUACGGCUUCCAGUGUGUGGAUGGCUCCUCCUUCACAGAAGAGCUGGAGAGGCACGUGGAAUGUGGCUGUGCGAAGUGUUUAUAAACGGCUGGCCAGCCUCUUUGCCCCUUGGUAUUAACUCAGAUGUGCUUUCAAAAAUGGGACUGACUUACUUUUAAGUGAAGAAGAGAAUAUUAAGUAUAUUGUAAAAUAAGCAAAAAAUAGAAGUUAUUUUUAUUAUGAAAAGUGACUAUUUUCAUCUUUUAUUAUAUAAAGUAUCUGACCAUUUGGGGUAUAUGUAUCAUAUAGUGAGUUAUUUUUACUAUGGAUUUUUUUACAGUUGUAAAAAAAGUAAAACUCCAAGCCUAAAUACAGUGAUUAAAAACAGAAUAUAGUCCAUAAUAAGCUUUGCACGAUGGCCAGAUGUGAAGGUAAUUUGAAGGGUUUGCCACAGAAGAAGUGAAACAAGUCUUGAAAGGUUCUGGGUAGAUGCACAUCUAAGAACUAUAGCUCUCAGCCAUUUUUCAUCUCAAGACAUGCUCAGAUAAUAUUCCUCUCAACUGAUGAUUAAACCGUUAGUUGCAUUUCUCACUGCUGUGGAUCUGCCAGAAAAGCAUGUCACAACGCUGCCAUAGCUUGGGCUUUAUGCACAGAUGUUAUUAUGCACAUAUUAAUGCAAUGGUAGUAGUAAUAUGUUUGUGUUCUAUGUAUGAUUGAUUUCAUGGUAUUGUGUUCAUAAUCUAUUAUGUUAAAUUGGCUGUCUGACACGGUAGUUCUUGGAAAUGGCAUAUUAGGGGAACGCUUUGCUUAGGAAGCUGUGUGCAUUUUUAAUGGAUAGAACGAAAGCACUAUGUAACUCUUAAUGACAGAGGGGAAAAUCCACUUACUUGGCACAUCCAUCCCUGCCUUUCCAGCAUGUGGGCUACCACUCCCUCCUGCUGACCCUUUUUGGCUCCCGUUCUACAUGUGCGGAGCAUUACAUGCAUUUUCUCAAGCAAGGGAAGGACCAGAAGGCGUUCUCCUGUGGUCGAAAGCUCCUCACUUGACCCCUGCACCGGCAGCUGAUUCACAUGGCAGCAUUUAGCAUUUCUUACCUUGCAGAUGGUCCCCACACGAUGGCCAGCACUUUCUGGUGAGUGCUGACCGUGGCAUGGGAAGUGUCCCUACAGCAGCUGUGGCUCAUAUGGUACGUCCCUCUACAGGUGACAGCCGCCACAUGGCGCAGCCAAUGACAGAGGGGCUCUUCCGUGCAGUUUCCACAAGAGUAGGCACAAUGUAUUCAGAUUAGGGCUCUCACCCAAGGAAAGUUCCACCUUUUGACCACCGUAAAUGCCUUUGAUAUUUUGUACAAACAAACCUGGCUCAUUCUCUCAGGUCCCUUCUCUUUCAUAUGCUUUACUUGAAUAGGUAGUGGUUGUAGUAGGAUGGACUCCAGCUCUAAGGAGCCUUUGACGAUGGAAAAUUGGAUGAUCAGAAGUGCCAGAGAGAGGAGGGAGGGAGGGAGGAGGUGGCUCUCCACAUUCCUAUUUCGUCCUGAAACACCAGCAAACUCUCCCAGAUGUGGGAUCAAGGCCUUUACAGUAGGGGAUAGCCAUGCUUGUGGGGCACAAAGGAUGAAUAUGUUUACCUUUUAAAAACAGCCAUGAGUGUGAACCCCACUAAUAGCCAGCAGUACAGCCUCUCCACAAAGGACAGAUUUUGAUCACGCUACGAGCAUUCCUGUCCCCCCACCCCAGCCCUUUUCAUGUUUCAGGAGUCUGAAAAUACUUAAGUGACUUUAUUCUAAUUACAGUCUUCUGAAAGCCACGAUAGUUUGUUCAGAUUUCCUUAUGGAUUCUCAGGAUGAUUUCAGACAGAAGGGAGCUGACUGAUACAAUAGCUGCCUUUCAGAAUAAAUAGUAAUACAUGGAGCCUGCAAUCAGUGUAACGUAAAACAAUCACUGGUUACUUUGCCAAAACCUGAUUGAAAUAAUACAGGGAAGAAAAGGGCCACUAUGGAGGGUGGAUUUGUUAUUUUGAGCACAAUGUGUGAUGCAGAAGCAGCUGGAAUUUAUAAUGUAGAAAUGUACCACAAUCUGUAAUGACCAAAAGUUUGCAGAAGCAAAUGCAACACCGGUCUCUGGUGUGAAUGAGAUUUUGGCACAAGCAUAUUUUUCCUAAUGAUUUAUUAUUUGCCAGGGCAUCUGUUCCCCAAGAAGCUAUUGCCUGUGUUGCACAGAACAGCAAUCCAGCCAGAAUAGGAAGGUCAUCGAGCUGUAAUGCUACUAAAGGCUCUGCACUGCCAAAAGGAAUACAAUAAAAGCUGAAUUAAGGCCAUGGCAGAGUAAAGUAGGUGCAAUCUCCAUAUUGCCCUUUGUCUCCUUUUACUAUAACAUCUUACUA